AUGUCCAACAACAUGGCCAAGAUUGCCGAGGCCCGCAAGACAGUGGAGCAGCUGAAGCUGGAGGUCAACAUCGAACGCAUGAAGGUGUCCAAAGCUGCGGCCGAGCUGCUGGCCUUCUGUGAGGCGCAUGUGAAGGAGGAUCCACUGGUGACCCCGGUGCCCGCGGCCGAGAAUCCCUUCCGCGAGAAACGACUUUUCUGCGUCCUGCUCUGA